AGCCUCUAAUCCUGCCUUGAUUCGUUAUGUAACAUCGUUGCUGUCGUAGACAGCAAAGCUACAUUUUACGUGUGCAGCUUCCAUGUAAUUUUAAAUUGAUUGUCUCUAUUUUGAACUGAUUCUGCAGUUUAUUAUUAACUGAUGCUGAAGCUUCUGGAUCCCAGGCCACCAGGUGCCUUUAAUUAAUAGACUGAGACUCAGUAUUAAGGUAAAGAACUUGCAGUUUCAUUGAAUGCAUCCAGCCAAGCUGACUAAACCCUUGCAAAUAGACCUGCCCUUUAGGCAGUGGUUCCUGUGUGGUCACCCCGCUUCAGUGGUCCCAAAUCCUGUUCUGAAGUGGAAAGGGGGUUCUCCUGGCCUGCCAGUGGCACACAUGCUUCUGAAGGCAUUUCCUGCUGAGCAGGAAGCUCUGUUGGGGGUGUGGCUGAAGAGUUAUCCUGGAGGGGCAGGGCUAGAGGUGACUUUUCUCUGUGGUGAGAGCGAUGCCCAUGGGUUCCGGUUUGGGUGGUGUCUGCACAGGGGUAGUGCAUUGUGAUAGCUGGAGCAGGCACUUGUACCAGUCCAGGGAGAGGUGUGUUUUUAAUUCUAUUGACCUUCCCCAGUUGAUCAGACUGUGACAGUUAGUGGGCAUGGGUGGGGAUAUGCUGCCAGUGGCACAAGGGUGCCAGGUGAUCACCCUGUAGCAGUCAGAUGGACACCUCCUCCCUUUGCCUCCUUUGGGAUAUUAACUUUAUCAACCCAUUUGUUAAGGGAAAGCUUUGCAGUCACCUUUAACCAGCAACUUCUGCAGAUGUCACCUUGAAACAUAACAAAAAUGCUUUCAGUACAAAUUCCUCCUCUGCCAAGUGCACCUGCUCACCACACACCCCAGGCAGCCCCUGAACACAAUUACUGAUUUAAGGCCAAGACCUGUGUUCAAGGAGUCAGUAUUUGAAAGGGAGACAACAGGUGUCUGCUCCAGCCCAUCACAAUGCACAGUUCCUUUGCAGACACUACAGAGGUGCCAUAUGCACUUUGAGGAAUUCCCAUUAAAGCCCCUGGCUGCACACAGUGUGAAAACUGGGAAACAGAAUGGGAGGAAGUUAGUUUUGCAAAUGUAGUUGUUCUAAAAGUGCCUUUUUCUAGUUUGGUAUAGAGCUGCCUCAGCCUUGUGCCCCAACCUGCCAGGACCACAGCAACAGCAUCACUGGGCAGCCAAAGCACUUAGCCUGCUAGGCCAUUUCACCAAGGGCUAAGCAGUUUGUGCCUUACAUAUAACUUGCUUUGGAACAUAACAGCACAAACACCCUCCUGCUCCUCUGUACUGUCUCACCACUGCUGGUGCAAGAACCUUCUCCCCUGCAACUUUUGCCAGACUCUCUCUCUCCAUCCACUUUAAAAUAUUUUCAGACAGCCCAUCUCUCUCUAUUUCUCAUUAUGUACCUCUGCUGGUAGCUAUUACAUUUGGUUGAAGCUUUUGGAGGAUAUAGUUUGUACAGAAAAUACUAUUACAAGAUAAAUCAUCUCUGUAUAGUUGAGUAAAGUUAUCAGCCAGUUUAUCCUCCAACUGCUUUAUGGCAUCUAAAUGGCUAAUUGCAGUGGAUACACAUGUCCAUUCUCUGCUCCAGUAGUGCACUUCCUUUCCCACUAAUAGGAGUUACAUUUUUGACAACAUCCACAUAUUUGAAAACCCCAGUUGUGCUUUUGCCUUCAUUCCCUCCUCCCCUUCCUGCUCCAAGAUUCCCAGGGAGAGAAUUCAGAGCAAACCAAUGCGAUAGUCAGAGAAGCUCUGUCCUGUUAAAGGGAACACUUACACUCAGAUCCACUUUGUAAAUUCCCCAUUCCAUUUUUCUAUCAGGUGCUUUCAAAAGACCCUUGACAAAAGUGCAGGAACAGAGCAGCCAUCUGGACUGGAACUUUCCCACUCAAAGCAGGCAGUAUUGGGAUCCUGUGAAAGAGCCUCGUGACUUCUGCAGAUUACAGCUUUGGAUACUUCCUGAAGAGCAUAGACGUCAGGAGCCUUGUCUGAACAGACCCUCUGAUCCUUGAGGAGCUCACCUGUCUGACCCUGCCUGUCUGCGCUGCGUUUGAGAACGAAUAACCUCAGAACGUUGGCAGGGAUGCCACAGCUGAUGCUUCACUAACAAUAACAGCACCGUAGAACUUCCUGAUACUGAGGCACAGGCCUCGUCAAACAUGUAGAUGUGAACACUAACAACCUGCCACUCACUAAUGCAGUGCUUACAGGUGUCCAGGGAACAGGUACAACUAUGCUUCUCCAUGGCAAGCCCUUCCCUCCGUGCCCCUACUAACCUGCAUGGUGUGGGUGCCUUUAAGAACCACGAGGACUGAUCACCUGGCCCUUUUAUACACCUCUAAGAACAGCUUUACAAAAAUGUCUUUGGAGUGGCUGACGGACUGGAGCUGGUCACUGGAUGGACUCCGGGACUUUAUAGCUACAGGGAUCCAGUCCUUCCGGGACUGUGACACCACUGCACUCACUGCUGUCGCUUGCCUCUUGGUCCUGUUUGUUUGGUACUGUUACCACGUUGGCAGGGAGCAGCCCCGCACGUAUGUCACUGUGAAUUCCCUCAUGCAGAGCUCCGAUGCCAAUGGCUUACAGAAUGGGUACGCGUACUGCCACUCCCCCGAGUGUGUGCGCUGCGCAAGAAACGAUGGGCUUAACCAGAAACUCUAUCACAAUCUGCAGGAAUACGCCAAGCGCUACUCCUGGUCUGGCAUGGGCAGGAUUCACAAGGGCAUCCGAGAGCAAGGGCGUUACCUGAACAGCCGACCGUCCAUCCAGAAGCCAGAAGUCUUCUUCUUACCAGACUUACCAACAAUGCCCUAUUUCUCACGGGACGCUCAAAAACACGACGUGGAGUUACUGGAACGCAACUUCCAGACCAUCCUGUGUGAAUUCGAGACCCUCUACAAAGCUUUCUCAAACUGCAGCCUCCCGCAAGGAUGGAAAAUGAACAGCACACCCAGCGGGGAGUGGUUCACCUUUUACCUGGUGAACCAGGGCACGUGCGUUCCCAAGAACUGCAGGAAAUGCCCACGGACGUAUCGCUUACUUGGGAGCCUCCGCACCUGCAUUGGCAACAAUGUCUUUGGGAACGCGUGUAUCUCUGUGCUGACCCCUGGCACGGUCAUUGGGGAGCACUAUGGGCCAACCAACAUCCGCAUACGAUGCCAUUUAGGUCUGAAGACUCCCAGCAACUGCGAGCUGGUGGUGGGUGGCGAGCCCCAGUGCUGGGCUGAAGGCCGAUGCCUCCUGUUUGACGAUUCCUUUCUGCACACUGCAUUUCACGAAGGUCCCCCCGAAGAGGGCCCUCGUGUGAUCUUUAUGGUGGAUUUGUGGCACCCGAAUGUUGCAGCUGCCGAGCGCCAAGCCCUUGAUUUUAUCUUUGCUCCAGGACGAUGAUCGUGCUUCUUUGCCAUAGUGGGUUCGAGGGCAGGUGGCUGGCCUGCCGGGGCUUUGCCUCAUGCAGCCCCGCUACGGUUCCAUCUCCACCCGUGGGAGCCUGCCUCACUGGAAACCUUUCUCCUAGCACAUACAGUGUUGGGUUUUCCCCGCUCCGGGGUUACUGUAAAUGGAAGCUUCCAACUUGCAUUAACUUACAGUCUCUUUCUUUCCAUCAUUGCUUCAGGGAUUUUGUUCUGCCAUGAGAGUGCAUUAUCUUCACUCUGUGAUUUAGAUGCGGUACCACUGUAGUAUGUGUUAUGUUGCUACUGUGUUUGCAGUGUUCAGAAUUAGAGUAACAAAAUCGAGGGUGUUUGUUUGAAUGUAAUAAUGUAACAUUUCUUGUGGUCAGCUAAGUGCUGUGCUCAGCCUGUCUUUGUCACUGUUUACAGUCACCGGGUGGACAACUCGGACAGCCAGAUGGAAAUGGCCAAGGAGCAUGGUGGUCUCCCUGCUCCUUUGUGCAGAGCGCGUUCAGACCCAUUGCAAACCCGAAGCUGAAGAGGGUGAUGGUGCUUUGCAAACACACGCUCUGUGCUAGCACAUGGCAUGGGGGCUGUGGGGCCAGAGGCUUUUAAAAACAUUUUCCUCCAGUGUGCGAAUAGCAUGGCAGGUGGCUGCCUAGGGCUGGGAUGACGGCUCCAGUGCAUUCGAGAAGAAGGUGUUUGGCCCUGAGCCUGCUGCCACAAGCCCUUGCUUGGUCAGAUUGGCUGGGAACACACAAAACAGCCUUUCUGGUGCUUUCAGCUGAGCUGAAAGGGACCAAGGGCCUCAGCUCCAGGCAGCGGAGUAACUUAGAUGCUGCCCGGGAGAGUCACACAGAAAACCUGAACCUUAAGUUUGACCAAAGGUUUUUGUUAAUUGGCCUAAACCCCUCCUAGAGCUGUUACCUAACGCUUUCAGCACCCCAGGCUGGGAUAGACACACCAGCUGGUGGGGCAAAGGGAGGAGUUGUAUGAAAGUAGCAAGUAACCGCAUGAGUUGCCCAAGCCCCCGAGGAAGUUGGUCUGUGUCUGGUUCUCAGUCUCCUCUCCCAGUGCACGGAAUGGUAGAGCGUCAAACUGCCCUCCGCAGGGGGUAUUUAAUAACUUCUAGUUCUAGAGCAGAAGGGAAAUCGCCUUCUGCCUACCCGUAAGAGUCGUGUCCACCAGCUCAACUAUGUGUUUUUCUUGGAGAGUAUCUAAUUGUCUGUGUGUCUCAGUACAGAGCUAAUGUCAGGUGUAUAAUGUGUAACACAGCAUGUCAUGUAUACAGCCAAAUGUACUUACUGUUCUGACUGGAAAGCAAAUGUGAUAACGGGUAACUGCUGGAGGAGGAAAAUGAAUCCGCAAGGAUCCCUGGAUUACUCACUACUGAAUGAUGUACAAGGGAAAGUAUACACCUGAGUUCAAAUGAGUUUUCUACACAGAUUUUUCAGUGAUUAAAUUGCAAGAUAAGGUAGAAGUUUCAAAUACAUGAAGUAUUUUUACACAAAUAUCUUCUUAAAAGAAUACGUGACGUGCAUGAUUUCUACGCACAUUGAAUACUUUGUGAUAGAAUUACAAAGGAAGCAGGCUGACUCGGUAACUGUGUUACAGUUUGGUACCAGUACAUAAGGAAGACUAUCAAUAAACAAUUGUGCUGAAAAAUC